GUAGUGUCUAUCUGCUCACAUUAGAAGUUGUUGACAGUGUUCAGUAACAGAGCUUCAUUCUAAACCUUUUUGACUGUUCUCUUUACAACUGAAUAACAUGUCAGAAAUACUGGACAUUGCAGAGUUCACCAAUGUGAUACACUGGUUAGAGAAGGCAGCAUUUAACAAAACUAGAUGGCGGGAAUUAGGAGACAAACUUGGACUGAGUGACAAUACACUGGCUGCAAUCGACGCAAAUCAAAGAGGUGAUGUUAACAGUUGUUUUAGGCAAUGUCUUGUAAAGUGGCUGAACAGAGCUGAUGGUGUUGAUGAUGUUGGUAAACCAUCUUUGAAUACACUGGCUGAUGCUCUUGACAAAAUGAAUGAGUGUAAAGCUCAAGCUGACUAUAUAAGACUAUUAGCACUAAAACAAAAAGGAGAUUUAUCAGAAGGAGAUUCAUCAGAAGGAAAGGAACCAGCUAAAAGGCAAAAAAUAGACUCUACAACAAGUGGCACUGGAAACAAAGGUAAUGUUAAUAUUAUUAUAACAUAUUUGAUUGCUGAUAAUUUCAUAAAUUUAAUGAAUUUUUUUCAUGACUGA